GAUGUGUUAGUGCAAUCAGGGAUGAGUAAACAAAUGAUUUAGCUCUGUAUCUCAAAAAAAAUCUUCUUAUUUCCUCAUCAGCUGCAUAGUGAAAGAGUGACAUGACUUUAUUAUGCAUCCAGGAAGGCAUUUCUAGUUUAGAGAGAUAUGCAGCAUUUAUAAAAUGAACAGAUUAUCCGUCAACAAUAUAUCAAAGUAUAAAGCGAAUCAAACAGGAUUAAGAAACAGUGUGACACUGCCCUCUAGUGUCUAAAGCUUCGUGAUUUUUAUAUAACUACAUUUUGUCAAUGUGGAUGAAGUGCUUAAAUGUCCUUCAGAAUGGUAUCCUCGUGUUAGUGAGUAGGAAGAUUAUUAAGCUCAAAUUUAAGAUACUUUAAUCAGCUUAUCUCUGAGUCGUGUGUGACAGAGAUGCUCACACAGGUGUACAUCCCUCCUGGUAUUCUGGUAUUUCCUUUGAACUUUGGCUUCAAGAUAACGGCAGAUAUCCGCAUGAAAGGACCUCCCCACCUGUGAUGCAGUGUGAACAGCAGCAGUGUAAGUGAAUAGUUUCAUGUUGCCUUCGCCUGCCAUGUGGGCUCAGUCGUUCCCUCAUUUAUUUGUUAUCAGAUUAUUGACAAUGAGAACAAGUGCCUCAUUCGUCUCAGUUAGAUGAACAGCAGCUCAGGUGGAAAGGACACAGAUACCUGUCCUAUGAGUCACAUUGCUUUGGGGCUACUUACAUUUGUUGCAUUUAUCUCGCAGCCUUCAGACUGGAGAUAUGAGCUAAUGGCUGAAUGAGAAAGCAAAGACUCAAAACAAAAUAGUUUCUCUGAUUUUAUUUCACUAAUUUCCAGCAGACAGAAAGGGCGACUGGAGCACACUGAUGAGGUCACAGCUUUUAAUUGUGGAAACAGACUUUGUUUCAACAUCAAUGUAUCUACAUCUGAGUCAAAGUGGGCCAAGACAUGAAGCAAACAGGUAUAUUCAACCUAAGCCAGGUGUACAGUUGUCAUUGGAUAAUUGGUUGAAUAAGUUUUCAGAUCUCUGGACUGAUAGGGUGGGGUUGCCAAAGUCUGCAUGCAAGCGUUACUCCCCUUAUACCACCUCUCCAUCUCAUUUCCUAGCUUUUACAUCCUUCCUUCUCCUCUCCUUGCAUCCCACCAGAGCUAUUAGUGGAGAAGUGAAGAAGAGACAUGAGGAAAGUGGAGUUCAGGGAAGCAGGCCUUUAACAAAAUGAGACAUAUAUUGUGACUAAGGGAUAUAUAUAUAUAUAUAUAUAUAUAUAAUAUACACACAUUUGUCAGCCAGUCUAAGGAACUGAAACGUUCUUUGCGAUGACAAAUCCUGGUUGAUUUCAGGACAGAUGAGAUGAGAAGGCUGAUAUCAGUAAAAUAAGACGAGCCUCAUGUCAGAAACAAAGGAACACAAACCUCUUUCAAAGCUACAGAGAUAAAAGAACAAAUCUGAUUUGAACAAACAUCUCUCAGCGGUGGCAACCCAGAGGAAAUAUCACAAAUUAAUUUAUGUCACAGGCCUAGUAUCAUGUCAGAAACAAAACAAAGGAAUACAGCCCUCCUGUCUAGUCCCUCUCCAGACACUGACUUAGCCUGAUAGCUCAUCUCGGUGUGUCACAGUUACAUGUUUUAUGUCCAUGAAAAUAAUCUCCUGGCUUAGUGUGUUCCAGAUCUAUUUCAUACUCUGGACAUUUUCUGUCCUUGCGCUGAGAAGCACCUGAUUCAACUGCAUUUUGCCGAAAGAUGCACAGAAAACCUUGUUUCUGCUCUGUUUUACUCUAGUAUUUAGACUCAUUUUGUUAGAAAGGGGUACUUACAUUUUUAAUUUCACUAGCUUUAAACAAUUAAAACUUUAUUUUCCAAAACCUUUACUUAAAAAAAAACAUCCAAAACCAGAGAUGUAAGACCAACAUGAACAAUCUUGUGCUCUACAGAUAAGUGGCACUUGAGAGAAUCCUGAAGUAUUGUGUACUCUUGUCCCUAUCAGCAGGACAGAGUUGUAUUUGAGAAAUUCUAUGAAAACUGUAAGGUAGGAAGUAAAUAACAUCUUUAAAACAAUGAGUUGAUUCAUUAACACUGAUGGCAUAGAAUCUGUUCUAAAAAUGGUAAAAAACUGGAACUCACCAACAUCCACUUUAAUCAUUGCCACACAACCAUGAAAAUGCUGAUUGGUUGAGUUUUAUUACAGAUAUACCCAGCUAAUGCUCCAGGGUGUUCAUGGUGGAGAAGAUUUAAAUCAUGCACACGUAUAAAUGAAUGUUAUCUUUUUUGAACCCAAUUCAUUUUUCAGCUAAGUUUCACAUGGGUCUUUUAGUUAAUUUGUUUGUGUCAUUUUGUCUUUGAACACAGAUCUAACUAGUAAGCCAUAUAGAUCUAUCCCACUAAGUCGCAGUCAAUAUCCUUUCAUUCAGGCACUAAGGGCUUCAGGUUCAUUAUCACUGGAGUCUGCCCAAGCCUCGUCUGCAGGUGUGUUGUUGUUGUGUGGACUUGUUCCACACUUGGAGUGCAUUGAACUGGAUUUAGUAAAAGCACUUUCAUCGCAUUUAUAGUUUCUUUGCAACCAUUAAAAGUAUGCGUAAGCUAUGUCUUUGGUGUCGUGAACCGCCCUAAAGUAAGUUCAAUUCCCAGUCAAACCACACCUCUUUCAGCACAAAGCUGCUGAGGACUUCCAGUAAAAGAAGGCUGUUACUGUCUUCUUUUGUAGCUUGCACUUGUAAUCCACAGCAAUUACAUUCAUCCCUAAUUCCCACUUUUCUCUUACAUGGAAAAUUGCAUUAAUAUGGGAGAUACAACUAUAGCUACCUACAGUCAUAAACAACUAGACAACUGGAUUGUCAUCAGAGGUGGUCUUUAAGGUAAUUCAUAGGUAUCUGACAUGGGAAAGAGACACACAUGCGGCUCAAACCGAGGUCAAGGGACCUGGAGGGGCCAUGUGCAGGUCAACAAAUUGCACUAUUCUUUACAGCCACAAGGAGGAGAUAUUUAUCCGUUACUGGUCUACAUUGCCAGAACAGUCUCAUUUUUCAGUUUAUCCUUGCAGUUUCCAAAAAACAAAACUACUAUUGUGUUGUUUUUGCUUCGUGUUUAUGUUUCAAACUGAGCAUUUUUUGAGAAAAAAAAUACUAUAAUGGAAGAGAUCUACCCAAUGUCAAUGUGGUUUCAGUUUGACACAACAGCAUAAUUUUAAAAAUAAUUUUCCCCCAUACAUGCUGUCUCGAUUGUCUGCUUCAUAUCUCCUGAAAUACAAGCUUCUGGUGAGACUUAACACUUUUAUAUUAUUUGGUAGGAGAUGUUUCAUGGUGAUGUCACAUGUUUUUCACACAUUUACUUUCCUUGAAAUCACUUACAGACGAACUUGAUCCCUUCGUAGGUUGAUGCUGGAGAGAAUAAUACCACCAGAAUGGGGAAAACAGCAUAAUAAUAAGCUCAUCCUGCCAUGUGGUAUUAGGCAGACGAACUUUGCGCAUGCCUGGGCAGCUUCAGUCACCGAGGUCCUGAAUGGGAAGGAUUAGUACCAGAUGUUUACUGGGACCCGGGUGGCAGGAGGAGGACCAUUUGUUCUGUGGGUGGAGCUCAGCCUCUACUCUCUACUCCAAAUUUAUUCUAACAGGUAGGUUGAAUCCAAAUAGGUCUGUAACAGCAGCGGCAACAGCAGCAGCAGCAGCACAGACGGAGUCAGGAGGAGAUUUCUGUCACAGUUUUUAGCUUCUGGACAUGCUCGGUCUGCGCUCUCCAGCAUGCUGAGCAGGAAGGGAUCCUUUGCGGGGACGAUGAGCGCAGCAGCCGGGGUGGACCGCGGCAGGGUCGGGGAGAGGCUGCAGGCUGCUCUGGCCGGACUGCAGGAGCUGCAUCUGCUCCGGGACCGACACAGCGACAUGGUGAGCUGGGCGCUCCGGGCGGACAGAGAGGAGCCAGUCACCUCGGUGCUCACAGAGCCGGAGGGGCCCAGGAUGAUGGGGGCCGAGGAGCAGCGACUGGAGGCGACCCUGGCAGCCCUGAAGCAACAGCUGUCUCGCCUGAGGAAACAGGAUGUCGGCCUGAAGACACAUUUGCAGCAGCUGGACCAACAGAUCAGUGAGCUGAAGCUGGAUGUGAGCAAGGCCUCUACAGAGCAGUUGGAGAGCGACAGCAGGCCGAGUUCAGGUUUUUAUGAGCUCAGUGAUGGUGGCUCUUGCUCCCGGUCCAACUCCUGCACCUCCGUGUACAGCGAGUGUCUGUCAUCAUCUCAGACAAGCCUUCUCCUCACACCCAUGAGCCCUGCUAAUUGUCAGAUUAGCCCUCCACCAAAAGUCGACAUAUGCCGCCGGCGUUCUGCUGACGAGAGCGCCACCCAGCCCAACCCUCUGCGGGCCACAGGCCUCCAUCUGGGCAGCAGCAGGAUCCGAGCAAGCAGUGCAGGCUCUGAACAGGCCCGACCAAGACCUGUGUCAACAGGUGAUCUUGACAGAAUGAUGGCUCAAGGACUGGGCUGCUACAGAUCUGUAGAUGCAAGAAAACCCCCAAUGUGCUCAAACCUGAGGACCUCCAUUGUGGACCCCAAGUUCCAGCGCAAUCUGGAGUCCCGCAGUGGGGCAGAAGUGUACCAGUACCCCAGCCCCCUGCACGCUGUGGCUCUCCAGAGCCCAAUCUUUUUCAGUGUGGGUGAAAAAGACACACCUGGACUUCUAGAGGGGCAAGGACCCCCAGUAAACAAUUAUGACACCCUCCAGAGGACACAAAUGGGUUAUGACACCAAAACAGUGGGUUACAUUGACAAGCUCCUCCAGCGCAGCUUCAGUAAAAUCCAGAGUGAAACAGGCACAGAAAUUGUAGAGACAUGCAGGAACUAUCACAGGAGGCCCACCGAAGUCGUAUCUGCGUUUUCUGUGUCUCAGAAAGAGGUCUCUAUGGUGCAGCCUUCUCCAGCUAAGACCACAAAUAUCAUCCCAGUAGAUAACAUCCAGAAGAGACACUGCAUGACAUACUCUAGCCAAGAGCAAGCUGAUAAAACAAACCACACCUCAGUGAGAGCCCCAGAGGUUUCAUAUCAGCACUCUUAUCCUGCUGCCAUGAGGGAGUACAGCUCUGAUGAGGUCACCUAUUCAUCCCUGAAGAAGAAUGAUAAAUCUCAAGGAGAAUAUCCAAGUCUAGCAAGGAGCCAUUCUGAGAAAAGAUGUGUAGAUAAUCAAGAGCCUAGGCCACAAGAGGGGAAAGGUCACAGGCAAAGACCAGUGAUGGCCCACAGCUCCAGCACAGAGGAGGGUCAAAGCUUUGAGGUUCACAGUGGCCACACAGCUUCACCAGAGUUUGUCCAUGCCAAAUUUGUCCCUGCUGGAUCUCAGAGGGUCAAAGUGAGGCAGGCAGACCGUAAAACCAAAGCCUCGAAACUGAAAAGAAAAAGUGGCGAGAAGCCUCGACCAGUAAGGCAACAACAUGGCUACUCCUCCGGGGAAAGGACCAGGGAGACCAGCAGCUUUCCAAAGGGGGAGCAGAGAAGAUCAGGCAAAGGAAGAGUGACUCAGAAAUUUACCAGCUCUCAUGUAGAGGAGCACAGACUGGGUUCAGGCUCAGACUCCAGCCUGUGUAGUCCGGCACUCAUACACACCCACAAGGUCCAUCCAAAGCCCCAGCCCAUCCCUGCUGUUGUCAAAUCCAGCAAAAGCCGCAGACUGCAGUGCAUGGAGUAUGAGCAGCCUGUUGACCUGAGGAAGAGGAGACAACCUACUGUCAAAUGGCAAUCCAAUGUGGACAUGUUCCAGGCGUCAUGUGCUCAGCGUCAGAGGUCAAAAGAGUUCCACACUCAGGCACCAGGGGCCAUGCAGAUGGUCCGCAGUAUGAGUGUCAGAUCAGGCCAGUGGACAGGACCUGCACGCCCCUUCCAGUCCUCCAUGUCCUCUAGCUCUUUCCUCUACAGUCUUAAUGCCAGAUACCCUCCAGCACCUUUUCCUGUCUCCAGUCACUACCCACCCAGAUGUGAGUCUGAGUAUUCAGCUGAAUGUGCUUCAUUGUUUCACUCCACCAUUGCUGAGAGCAGCGAGGGGGAGAUGAGCGACAACACCACCAACCGCUUUGGAGAUAGCGAGUCCAGCCAAAGUUUCCAGUCCCUGUCAGACUCUGACAGCAGCCUGUCACUGGACGAAGGAGACCAGGUGGACAGCCCCGAGGAGGAGGGAGGCCUGGUGUGGGCUGAGGCAGCAUUGGGGCCCACCGCCGCUGGACAGCCCCUCAAGCAGCUCCCACCUCGCCCCGAGCCAUCCGCCUGCCGCAUCAAAGCCUCCCGAGCCCUGAAGAAGAAGAUUCGUCGGUUUCAGCCGGCCUCCCUGAAGGUCAUGACCCUGGUGUAGAAAUGUUCCCCUGGGCAGAAUAAGACUUCUUGGGGGAAACACAGAGAAUUGUGGCAAAUGCUUUUCUCAGAUGGACUCUCAAGAAACUGUUAUUCUAAGAGGGACUGCGUUGUUUUGUUAAAAAAAAUUUAAAAAUGGAAAGAAUUCACAAUGCUUGAACCUGACUGUACAAAAAAUGCAUUGUUAAAAAAGCAUGUAUAACACAAUUAUUGCAUUUACACUUCAUUAUUUACUUAUAUUGCUGUCAUUAAACUUUCUCAUAGCAUGUUGCUGCACUGGACAACUUCAUGGACGUUUUUUGUCAUAUAAUUGUCUGUACCUGAGAAAGAAAACCAAUCUUUGCAAUUCCUAUGCCAAAUAAUUGUGUAUUUUUCUAUUUUAUUUUCAUUUUGCUCAUUUGAUUGUAAUUAUCCUUGUUUAUCUUAUUAGAAUAAACUGGUAUUUAAUGUCUA